UCAUUUCUCCAUCUGCUAUCGCUCUUACCAGGCUGCGUGUGAGAGGACGAGGGCCAUUGUGUCGGGCUGAGACAAAGUCAAAAACAGGCCUUUACAAUGAGGACUUGUGUUCUCUUGUUGCUGGUGCUGGGGUGUGUCUACGGUGCCCCCGUGGAUCAUGGCCUGGAGUCGGGGUCGUGUGACGAUCCAGCAGCAGUGAGCGCUGCACAUUUGGCUCUCGGCAAGAUCAACUUGGAUCGGACCGAGGGCUACAUCUUCACCCUGCACCGCCUGGCCAAUGUCCACAUGGCCAAACAUGAAGAGGUCGGCGUGGUUUACUACCUGACUCUGGAUGUUGAAGAGACUAGCUGCAGCGUGGUCAGCAGGAAGGACUGGAAAGAGUGUCAGGCUCGUUCCACCACUGAGGUGCCGGUGUAUGGACAAUGCAAAGCUGCUAUCUUCAUCAGCAAACCUCACAGAGUGGUGCGUCUCUACAAAUACAGGUGUCUCGUCAGACCAGUUCCUGCUGCUCGCGUGACACAGAUUUGUCCAGACUGCCCAACUUUGAUCAACUUUGACAACGAAGAAAUCCAGCAGACCGUGUCUAUGUCACUGGAGAAGUACAACAAUGAGAGUAACAACAACAAUCGCUUUGCUCUGCUUCAGAUCUCCCGCGCUUCUGCCGGUAUGGGGAUCAGCAUGAUGUACCAUGUGGAGUACACCAUUCAGGAGACCACCUGUGGCAUACACACAAAGGGUGGGGCAGCUGAGAAGUGCCCAUUCAUGACUUGUGGGUUUGCACAUUUGGGCUUCUGUAAGGCAUCCCACCACCAUUCUCCCAGUGGGGAACAGAUUUUCCAAGUAAAGUGUGAGAUUUAUGAGCCUGAGGCUUCUAACAGAGAGAAGGCGCUACACCUGCUGGGUGACGCAACUAGCCACAGCCACAAUGACUCGCACAUACAUGCUCCUGGUGAAGAGCACGGACAUGGCCAUGACCAUGACCAUCACCACCACGGCAAAGAGCAUGGACAAGGCCACGGGCAUGGCAAAGGACAUGAACACAGCGAUGAGCAAGGCAAAGGACACGGACACAGGCAUGGCAAAGGACAUGAAGGACACGAUCACGGCCAUUUUCAUGGUGGCAGAAACAGGACAUGCUCACAUGGACCAAACAAGACGUGCUCACAUGGCCAUGGACACAGAUUCGGACACAGACAACCAAGCCCACAUGACCACAUCCAUGACCACACCAAGGACCACACCCAUCAUGAUGAAGAGCAUCUUUUAGGUAGCAAUCACCACCACACACAUGACCACAAACCAGGCAGUGCCUACAGGCAUGCCCACGACCACUCUCACGACCACGGGAUUGAUGGAACCCAUGAUCACGUGCAUGCGUACCAUGCCCAGGCAUAUGACCACUCAGGUGACUCUCCCAACCAUCACCAUAAUUACAGUCAUCCUAAGGGCAUGCACACACAUGAGCAUGACCACGAGAUUGCACUGGACCACGACCACAAGCAUGCUCACCUGCAUGAGCAUGAGCAUCACCACCAUCACCACACACAUGAUCAUGAGGGUGAAUACCAUGACGAACCAGAGGGCAUGGUGAAGAAGAUUGAAGCCCUGGGCCAUAACAUUACCAAACCUAUCUUCCCAGAACUCCCUCCACAGCCCGCCCUUCUGAUCCUCAAGCCUGACCCGCAGAUCCCAGGUGUGCCUGAACCCGGCAUCCUGGGCUUCCAGGCCUUCCCAAACACAGCCUCGGCUGCGUGUCCCCCACCAGCUGCAGGAGAAAGCCUGGUGCAGAAACUCUUUGCUGAGGAUGACUUGUUCAAGCCUGGCAACCAUUUCUAAAUGACAAACACAGACUUUCAGAAAUGAUUAAAUUUAAUACAUUUGCAUUUA